CAUUGUAUUAUUCGCGUUGCUUUCAAAGCGAUUUAUUAUUUAAUGCAUUGCGUGCAAUGAUCUUUUACAACUGGAGGUGUUUUCAAGUCGAUAUUACGCGUUUGUGUCGAUCCAAUACGAAAAUGUUAGGAAACGCAAAAUAGCCGGCGAGUCCUUUCGAUUUUCUUUGCUUCAUGACUAACCUAUAAAUACUCCUUUAAAAUAUCGUUCUACGAGAUUUACAAUACAUUACAAUUUGAACAAAUAAAAAUUAUGGUAGCUCUUCAAUAUUUUUUUUUGCAAUCUACGUCAGCUAAAUCGAGUGUAAUAAAUCGAGUGUGACCUUCAGAACGUUCCGGUAUUAUAGGUUAACGGCUAUUAGAAAACGCUAAUCAACCGUUUACAUACUAUCAUUAUCUUCGACAUUUUGUAAAUCACUAUGUAAUAUGUAAAUGUGAAGUCAAAGUCAUUGUCGCAAGUCACUAUUCACAUAUUGACAUGAGUUCCGCGAUAGUUCAAGUCAUCGAGAUGUUCUUUCUUCUAAUCCAUCUGGAGAAUUCUCUUUUUUGCAUAAGCAGUAAGAGAGCUUUGGAAAUGGAAGUUUAUUCGUUUCAGUAUAAUUGUUUAAACAUAUGAAAAUAAUAUUGUAGAUAUAAGCAAUAUGUUGUGAUCUACUUACAAUCAAUUCCAAGGAUAUUACAUGUAACAAAUAAUGCUUGGAGCUUAUACGUAUGAUCAUAUAACUUGAUUGCAUUAAACAUGCAAGCCAAGAAACGUUAUUUACUAUUAUUUGUGACAUGUGCGUUUCUUGGUUAUUGUUAUUUUGGCGGUUAUCGCUUAAAAAGUGAAAAAUGGACAGGCAGGUCUCAGUUGCCUUACGAGCGAUUGCCUUCGUAUUUAAGUCUGAACGAAGAAUUCUAUGACAAAGAUUUGAGAGUGUCAAAUGGAAACUUACCUGUAUCGCAACGUACAAGGAAGUGCCGUAUGGAAACAUGCUUCGAUUUCACGAAGUGCAAGCAAGGAUUUACAGUUUAUGUAUAUCCAAUUGAAGAUAUUAUAAGUCCAUUAUACCAAAAAAUACUAAAUGUUAUAACAGAGUCAAGAUAUUAUACGUCUGAUCCAACAAGAGCAUGUAUAUUUGUCCUGGCCUUGGACACAUUAGAUAGAGAUCCAUUAUCAAAUGAAUUUGUGCAUAAUCUUCCUUCCAAACUAUUACGUUUACCAUAUUGGAAUAAUGGAAGAAAUCAUUUAAUAUUCAAUUUGUAUUCUGGUACAUGGCCAGACUAUGCAGAGGAAUCACUAGCAUUUGAUUUAGGGUAUGCUAUGCUUGCUAAAGCAAGUAUGUCCAUAUUUAGACUAAGACCAAAUUUUGAUGUAUCCAUACCGUUAUUUGGGAAACAACAUCCUGAACGUGGUGGGGAACCUGGUCAAGCGUUAGAAAAUAAUUUUCCUAGUAAUAAAAAAUAUGUGGCAGCUUUUAAGGGUAAAAGAUAUGUACAUGGUAUUGGUUCAGAAACUAGAAAUGCUCUUUACCAUUUGCAUAAUGGUAAAGAUUUGGUAUUUGUAACGACUUGUCGUCAUGGUAAAGCUUGGAGAGAAUUACAAGAUGAACACUGUCAACAAGAUAAUCAAGAAUAUGAUACAUAUGAUUAUGAGAUUUUAUUAAUGAAUUCUACAUUUUGUCUUGUCCCUCGUGGACGAAGGCUCGGCAGCUUCCGAUUUUUAGAAGCUUUAAGAGCAGGUUGUAUACCAGUUAUUUUAAGUAACGGGUGGGCGUUGCCUUUUCACGAACGCAUAGAUUGGACUCAGGCCGUUAUAUUUUCCGACGAACGAUUGUUGCUUCAAAUUCCAGAUAUAGUACGAUCUGUAUCGAAUGUGCAGAUUCUUAAGUUACGACAGCAGACACAAUUUUUAUGGGAACGAUAUUUUUCAUCUAUAGAAAAGAUUAUAUUUACGGUAUUUGAGAAUAUUCGUGAACGUUUACCAUGGGAAGGCACAAGAGAAGGAAUUAUUUGGAACACUAGUCCUGGAGCCCUAGCCAUAUUACCGCAAUUUGCAGAUAGUCAACAAGAACUUCCAUUCUCGAACAGCAAUCCUGGUAACACUUUCACUGCCAUCAUUUAUUCUCAAUUGGGAUCUACUGCUGUUCUAUAUCGUCUGCUUAAAAGUCUCGCAAAAAGUAAAUAUUUAGAUAAGAUAAUUCUAAUGUGGAAUUCGGACAUUCCGCUUCCGAGAAGACCACGUUGGCAAGGGAUCAAAGCGUCAAUAAAUAUAGUUUCUGUGGAUGGUAUAUCCCAGCGUUUUUAUCCGCACCCACUAAUCAAAACCAGUGCCAUAUUAUCGCUAGAUGAAGAUGCCACUCUCAAUACUGAUGAAAUUGAUUUUGCUUUUAUGGUUUGGCGCUCGUUUCCCGAUCGAAUAGUGGGUUAUCCAGCAAGAUCGCAUUAUUGGGAUGAUUCAAAGCGAUCUUGGGGUUACACGAGUAAAUGGACUAACGAUUACAGUAUCAUUUUAACCGGUGCUGCUUUUUAUCAUCGUUAUUAUAACACAUUGUAUACUGAACUAUUAAGUUCGACUCUUCAUAAGACAGUGGAGCAGUCGCAGAAUUGCGAAGAUAUUUUAAUGAAUUUCUUAGUGAGUCACGUUACUCGAAGACCACCUAUCAAAGUAACUCAACGGAAACUGUAUAAAGAUACCACGGUUGCUGGAAUCAGAUCACCGUGGAACGAUCCUGAUCAUUUUAUACAGCGACAAACAUGCAUGAAUACAUUCGUAGCUGUUUUUGGAUAUAUGCCAUUAUUACGAUCCAACAUGAGACUCGAUCCGGUCCUAUUCAAAGAUUCUGUAAGCAACAUGCGUAAGAAGUAUAGACAAAUUGAAUUAGUUAGUAAUUAGAGUUAUAUAAGAGAUUCGAUCAAUUAUGUAAUUAUUUCAUUCUUAUAAUAUGCGUCGAAAGUAGACUGCAACCAGGAAUCAAUCGCGUAAUGUUUUCAAUAACAUUUAUGCAAAACAGGGCUUUGAUCGAUCGAUCUUUAGUCCUUGUUCUUUCCUGAUGUUGCAAAUAAAAAGCCAUUAUUCGUGAGCAUACAGAGAAAAUUUACAGAUCAUUGUAAGUCUUUAUGUUAUAUCAAUGUUAUUGGGCAGAAAAUCAAAUGAUAUUUCAUUCCUUUUAGAAUGAAUAACGUUACCUUGUGCUUCUUUUUUUUCUUUUUUAAGGAAGAAAUUUUUUUUAAAGAUACCAUUAGUAUUUGAUCUGGUUGAUAUCUCGUCCUAAUGCGAUAUUGCAUUAUGUUUAUGUACAUACAUAUAAGUCAUAUCGUAAUAAUUAAUAAACAAGCGAUCUGUCUAAUAUUUUCAUUUUUAAAAAAACCAGUUUUCGGAGGUCAAUGGAAAUACUCGAUUAAGUUUAGAUCGGUGAACAAGCUUUAUCUUAAAAAGAAAAGAUAAAAGAGAAAAAAGAGGUAAAAAAGAGGAAUAUUCUGUAACGAUUUUUUGAUCUAUCAAUUUUGUCUACAUUGCGAAUCUUUAUCCAUUUAUACUUGCAGUUAAGUAUUAUUGGAACAAUAUAAGGCCGUGGGAACUGAUGCAGUUUCAUGAGUAUCUCGUGAAUCUUUGAAACACUAACGAUACUUGACAUGUAAAAGUAUUGAACUUAUUAAGCAAAUAAUAAUCAAAGAAUCGCUACAGAAUUUAGUUUGUUUCGUUUUUAUACUAAUGAAAAAAGAAAAUUACUUUUUUCUCUUUUUAUACACGAGUUUGUUAUUUAAAAGAUUGUAUUUGAUAAAUAAUAACGGGAAAUAUAUAUCGAGCUGAUUUCUACGAUACUCUUACAAAACUUUUCAAUGUGCGCUCAUCGUCGUUUUACGUUUAAUCGUAUAUUUGUAAUUAUAUUUAAAAGUAUAACACACAGAGAAAGAAGAGAAAAAAAGAAAAGAAAUUUACUCGACAAUUCCGAGAAAGAUAUUUGGUAAAAAUGUUUGCAAUCAUGUCUAGUCGUUUACACCCGAUUCAAUCACUGAGGACGAAGAAACACAAAAUUCUGUGACGCAAUGAAUAAAAGAGCAAAGAUACAUUAUUGGAGAUUUUGUAUAGUUUGCUAGAAAGGAAUCGGAUUUAUACACGAUGUGUUCAUGAUUAUCGCGUAAUAUAUCGAGAUACAACUUGAUUUCUUUAAGUAGGAUUUUCUAUGUAAACUGUUACCCGUAAAAUAAUAUUAGUGCUUUUAUAUGGUUGAAAGAAAUAAACUUUUUUUACAUGGAA